AGAAGGAAGAUCUACAUUUAAUUGAAAAAUAUUACGUGUAUUGUAACACCAAACAUGAAGUUCUUGUGUAUGUUAAGGUGUUUACAAAUAGCCCAUUUCUAGUAUGUAUGGAUUUACUCCCUCCCAAUUAUUUGUGGAUUGGUCCAGAUGGAAUAAAUUUAGAAGGGAGAAUGCGUGUGAAUCUUACAGAAACAGGAAAGCUGAUGGUGAUGGGUUUUCACAAGUGUACAUCUGGAUCCUACACUUGUGCUCUUUUUCACAGAAUCCUAGAAACUACAACACAAGAAAAAGAAAUACUUGAAACCUAUGAAUUUACGGUAUAUGCAUACAGGGAAGCUGACCACACGUAUCAGGUCUUUGUGCACUUUACUACAAGGGAAUGCGAGCUGGCAGCUAACGGCCACUUCUUCACAGAACUAAAGAAAAUCUUAAAUAACAUCAUCUCCCAUCUGACGCUGUGUCACAUUGUUGAGUCGCCCUACAAGUGCCACUCUGCCUAGAGGCCAAAACAAAGGCACCCGCAUGAGCUAUUUGUUAGCUUUCAAGUCAGCCCUUUUGCACCAGGAUGGGAAGAAGUUUGCUACCACAUUCCUUACAACUGUGAAGAUGCGACAAACCUGAGAAGUUCUCAAGAGAUCGAAUUGAAGAGUUUUUUCCAAAAGCAGACAUAUGCUUUGAGUCACGAGUUUCAAACUGCUCCUGCCAUACACUACAUGGACAACAGUUUCUCUGUUAUUUACACUGACAGCAGUCUACCAGGUUUCAGGAAAAAUGACAUCACCUACAAGAGCUGCGCUAGUUGCUGCGUAGUCUGCAAGCCUGGAAUGUACAGCCCUAACCACGACGUGACCUGCUGG